UUGCUAACAAUCUUAACAAUAUUUCUUUUAAAUCUAUUGACAGAAUCGGAAGCAAUGACUAUAAAUAACGAAACGAUUGCCAAUGAUUUACAGCAAAUCGAUUUAUACGAGAGAGACAUUUGCGAGAAUAUAACACACGUGGACUGUAUUGAGCUGCAGAAGGUGUACACUGAAUACCAGUCGGCUCUGGAAGCCGGCGAUUAUGUGUGCAAAACACUAUUACAAGAUCCAGACCAUAGAGAUCCAGAACUUUUGGCCAUAAAGUCUAUGAAAUUGGAGAAAUUGCGCGAAACUGAGGCCAAUCUGAGGCCAUUGAUUGAAAAACAUCCGGCACUUCGGGUCGUACUUCUGGACGACUUUCUAAUUAAUGUGAGACACGCCAAAGCUGUUGUCUUCAAUAAAGAGAUCCUCUUUCCCACCACUACUGCCAAACCUUAGCUGUGAAAAGCCGUCAAUUGGUUUACGAUUUGCUCAUUUCAGUGUCAAUAAUAUUAAUAUUUAUUAAUUAAUUUUUUACAUUUAAUAUAAAUUUAUUUUGUUAUCUUUUCCUGUUUUUUUCAAGUGUUUCAAUAAUUUGUCAAAAAUUGUAGUCAAAAAAGUCAAAUAGUUAUUCCUAAUGAUAUUCAAUGGGCGAUAAAAAUAGGUCGACAUUUUCAUAUGGAUUAUUGCCGUGUCUUCACGCCUGAUAUACUUCACGUCUGUAAUGAUAGUUAUUU